AUGUCUGUACCAAAAAAGAUCUACAUUGCUGGCCCCGCCGUGUUCCAUCUUGACCACGGCGAUGCUUACUACACAAAAGUAAGGGCACUAUUGAAGGAGAAGGGGGUUGUGCCGCUCAUCCCAGUGGACAACACUGUCAGCGGUGCGCUCAACAUCCGCAACAGCAACCUCGAGAUGAUACAGGCAUGUGACGCCGUGAUCGCCGAUCUCUCUCCGUUCCGCUCCAAGGAACCCGACUGCGGAACCGCGUUCGAGCUCGGCUACGCAGCAGCGCUGGGGAAGGUGCUGCUGACUUUUUCCACCGAUACACGAUCCAUGGUGGAGAAGUACGGUGGCCAGAUGGCGGAGGGCCUCUCCGUUGAGGACUUUGGAUUGCCGUUUAAUCUGAUGCUGCACAACGGGACGGAUGUGUUCGACUCCUUUGAGGCGGCCUUUGGACACUUUUCUGAGAAGCUCCUCUCCCAGUGA